AUGUCAAAAGAUAAUUUGUUAUUUCUUGUUGUUAUCAUUGUUGGUGUAUUGACUCAUCUCUCUACACAAACAUCAUAUCCACUAUCCGAAUCCAUCACAACAAUGAUCAAACAAUCUCGCCAACAAUAUUCUGAAGCAAGUCGUUUCGAAUACAUGAAGAAACUUUCCGAAACUAAAAAUCAACGUUCAGUUCUUGCCACUUCAGGUGUAGAAUCUGGUACAUGGUUACUAGGUGAUAUGACACUGUUUGAUAAGAAUUGCGAUCAAUCAGUUCUUCCAUUCACUCAAAUGCAGUCAACUGGAAAUGACAUUACAAUUUCACAUAUCAUUGGCAACUUUAAAAUGUCAAUUGGAACCAUCAUUCAAAGACCAUUAAGUAAUUUAUAUAAUGCCAUUCUUUCCUAUGAUGGGGAUAGUAUUCCAAUUUGUUUUAAUUUUAAAGAUGGACAACUGGCAUUUACUUCUGAUUUCUUACUUUGUUCCUCAGUUGACAAUUUCACACCAACUUGCCAAGCAUCAAAUGGAAAUAUUUACAAUAUUGCAAUUGUUUACAAAUCACCUGGUUCAAUUUCUGGAGGAGUAACUGCAGCAUUAGUUAUUGGAAUUGUUUUGGUAUGUUUACUGAUUUUGUGUUGUUUCAUUUGUUGUAUUGUUUGCAUGGUAAGAAGUGGAAGAUCUCAAACAAAUUAUGGAAGAUUAAAUUAA